GAUAGAUAUAUGCUGGAGUACACGACCUCCCUUUCCAACGCCCGCCGCUUUCCUCUCCUUCCUUCCUUCCAGUCUACUCCUCCUCAUCUCCCCCCUCCCAAAAAAACUCGAGAAAUCGCAGGUAGAUUUGCGCGGAGGGGGCACGCCGACGUCGCAUCCAUGGCCGCCGCCGCGUUCUCCAUCAGGGGAUACGCGGCGAGCAUGAGGGGUGAGGCGGCGGCGGAGGGUCGGCGUCCCUUGGGCAUCGAACAUCUCCCGGCUAUAGAGGCGCCGAGGUUUCGGUGGUGGGCGGACGAGUUGGCCUCCGCCAUGGCUACUGCUGCUGCGUCGGCGGCGGCAGUGGCGCCGUCCCCGAGGAGGUCGCCAGGGAAGGCGAAGCCUCCGAAGAAGAGGUCCAUCUCUGACCUCUUCGCCUCGGCGCCCCCCUUGGACGUGUCCCCCGCCGGUGAUAGCGGAUGCAACGCGCAAACGGAGGUCGACGGCGACGAGGCGCUGUGCGCGAUCGUGAGGAGGGCCAAGAAGGAGAGGAAGCGGAAGAAGAGACUGCGGGAGGAGGCGGCAGCGGCUGUCGCGCCGGAGUGCAGCGGAGGGCGAGAUCCGGAGGGGAGUUUCGCGGCCACAAAGGAGGGGCUUGAGAAUCCAAAUUUACCUGAUGGACUGGAUGCUUCCACAUCACAGAAACUUAAGUCUUCACAAUAUCACAGAAUAGAGGGAGAAAAUAUAUCUGGGAGAAGGAAGAAGGGGAAGAUCAACAAUGCAAAGAAGGCUGAGUGCAUUGACAACAGUAAAGCUUGCAAAGUGGGAAAAUUACGAGUUCUAGGAAAAUCUCUCCCUAGGCAGGGCAUUCUGAAGUACACAGAGCACACAUCUGUCAAAAUGGCCAAUGAGAAACAUGUCAAUUCAGAAGGCAAUGAAGUAAUAGAACUAUGCUGCAAAUCAGUGAAGCGUGUCAAAUUCUCAGAAGCAGAUGGUGUAAUUGGGAGUAAGAUGCAGAGUUGUGAGCUACCCAAACGACAAACUCUCUGCAAACUGCUCUCGGGUGUUAUGGCUUCACUGUCAUCCUCGUCGUCAUCAUCAUCAUCAUCAUCAUCAUCAUCAUCAUCAUCAUCAUCAUCAUCAUCAUCAUCAUCAUCAUCCGCGUCUAUUGAAGGAGACAAAUGGGUAACUGCCGAAAGUAGUAGUUCUGACAUGCCCAAGGAAGCCUUUAGUAAGACUAAAGAUACAAAUAAGCAUUGCGAUAAUCUGGACUCUGCUGAGCCUAGUAACAGAGAGAUGUCUGCUCCAUUCAUUGAUCUGAAUAUGACACCACCAGAAUGUAUUGAUGUGGACAGCACCUAUGAUUCAAAUUUAGAGGUGCCCAAUCUUGAGCAUCCACAUGAUGAAACUUUAAGUUCUGAUGCUGAAUUGAUUGCUGGUGGAGAAAACUUGAUGAAUUUGUCUUUUGGUUCACAGGGACCGGAAAGCCAACCACCUGUUGCUGACCUUGAUAAAAUAAAGAGUUCAAGAUCGGCAGGCACAUUUUUGGAUGGUGAGCGAAUCAUUAUUUCUGACAUAGUUGCUGUUGGUUCUCCAUUGAACUUAAGAGAACACCGCGAGACUCGUCGUGGUUACAGUAAUGUUUCAGUAAAAGAUACCAUGACUACGAGUACAUCUCCUUGUGCAUUGCCAGACCAUACAUUUCAGGACUCAUUUCAGCAGCACAAGACUUGGUUCUCCAGCAAUCUGAAUAAUGUUGGCUCCCAGCUUUCUCGUGAAUGUAAUGUGUUUCGCAGCAAGGAGUUAUAUUCUAGUUCUGAGUUGAACGUGCAGCACCAGUGCAGUCCUUCUACGGGACAGACAGUUCGUUUGAUGGGUAAAGAUCUUACAAUUUGCGCAACCAGAGGUGAACCGUUUGCUGAGACUGCACAGAAAUAUACAGGUACUUCCACCAAUGAGUAUCUUAAGACAAAUGUGUUAUUGCCACAAGGACAGCCUUUUUUCUCUUUGCAAGCUGAAAGUUUCCCCAAUGUUGCAGUAAAUUCUACCAGUGCAACUCAAGCUUCAACAUAUCAUGCAAGCACAAGUCAGGCACAUUUUGGGUACAGGACUCCACAUGGUUCCAGUCAACCGUUUCCUGCAGCAAAUUUAUUUUCUGGAGAUCAAUUGCCAUAUGAAAACAGGUAUGGGGAUUUUUCAAACUCGCGGACCAACCAGACUUUUCUAUUGGGGUGUUCACCUCUUCCCAAUCAUAGCAGUGCAGUCUUCCAUCAGAAUAGGCCGCGUCCUUGGCGUUAUUUCUCUGAUCCUAUCGCUGUGGAAGAAACGGCUGCUGCACCAUUUUUGCCUAUGACCGGACAGCAUAGGACACCACCUUCAGUGUUCCAUACCAAUUUGCCUCGGCAACAUGUUGGGCAUUCAGCAAGGUCGUCAGUUUGCCCUCUUAACUCUGUGAGUUAUACGCUCAGCCAUCCAGGCCGGGUAGUUCAAGAAGUUUCCAACAGCACAAGAGAUACAGCCCUUCCGUCCAGAAAUACAGAGAACCAAACGACGAGAGCUGUUCCUGACAAUUGCAAUGCUUCGUCUAGUUGUCGCAGUGUGCAGAAGAGAUCAGGACCGGUGAAGCUCACUCCUGGCGCGAAACAUAUACUGGUGCCAAGCGAUAGCACGCAUGGCGAUUCUAUGCCUGUGUACUCAUGUUUAUCCUUCGGGAGUAGGAGCGGAAAUGCUGCAGGGUCUCAGAACAAAGGACCAUGAUAGACUUUCUGUAAGCGAGCCUUCAGAAGUUGGAGCCUUUUGAAAAAUGCUUCUAUAAAUCUAGAGUGACUAUCAUGUACGAAUAGUUGCCAUACUUUUUCUUGCUUUAUUUGCUUGCUUGGUAGUUAUUUUCUCAGCUGAACCUGUAUCCAUGGCUGGUGUAUCCCAAAAGCAUGCACUCUGAUAUUUUCUGUAUUCCUCUGAAUCUAAAUGAUUUCUGGUA